AUGAGGCUCUAUAAUGGAAGCUUGACUGGUUUUGAGGCUGCUAAAAUAGCUUAUUUUGACAAAUGGAUGUUGCAGAUUAGAGAUGGUUCAUUAUAUGAUGACAUUAAUAGACAAUUAAUUAAGCUUCCUUCUGGUAUCGCCAUAAAUCCAUCUCAAGAUCCAAUGAAAUCCAUAGUUAAAGUUAUCUACCCAUCACUUUUACAAAAGUACAACGAUCCUGCAUAUUUGACAGAAAGAGCAAUACUAACACCAAAAAAUGAAAUGGUCUAUGAACUAAAUGAGAUGAUUAUGAAUAUUAUAACAGGUGAAGGGGGAACAUAUUUUAGCUCAGACAGUAUAUGCAAAGCAAGUGUAAAGACGAAUGAUGAAGAUCUUUUGUAUCCAGCUGAAUUUUUGCAUGGUUUGAAAUUUAAUGGCAUCCCUAAUCAUGAGAUGCGACUUAAGGAAGGUGCUUCUGUAAUGCUCCUUAGAAAUCUAAAUCAAACAGAAGGCCUAUGCAAUGGCACAAGAUUGAUUAUCAGGUAUCUUGGUAAAUGGUCCAUUAGAGGCGACAUCAUUUAUGGAACAAAUAUUGGUGAAAAUGUCACAAUUCCAAGAAUUAUCAUGUCUCCCAAUGAAUCAAGAUGGCCAUUCAAGCUUAAUAGAUGA